AUGAGAUCAAUUAAUCUUGCCGGACGUUCGGGCGCAGCCCUGAAGAGGGCAUUCCAGGCCCAGCAACUCGGCCGGAUCGGGGCUCCGCGACCUUACUCGAAUGGACCCUUACUUACCCCAACCUACAAAAAGCUCCACGAGAAAUACAGCGAAGUGCGCCGUGUGCUGGGUCCGCAGCGGCUCACCCUAGCCGAGAAGAUCUUGUACAGCCACCUAGACGACGUCGAGGGCUCGCUGCUCUCUGGCACCAACAAUGGCCGAGAUAUCAGGGGUAGCGCCAAUCUUAAGCUGCGGCCCGAUCGUGUCAACAUGCAGGAUGCCUCGGCACAGAUGGCCUUGCUACAGUUCAUGUCCUGCAACCUUCCUCGCACCGCCAUCCCCGCAAGCAUCCACUGCGACCAUUUGAUUGUCGGCGAGCGCGGUGCCGACGACGACUUGUCGGCCGGCAUCCAGGCGAACCACGAGGUCUUUGACUUUCUAGAGUCCGCGGCGAGAAAAUAUGGAAUCGACUUCUGGCCUCCUGGCGCUGGCAUUAUUCACCAAACCGUCCUGGAGAAUUAUGCCCUCCCUGGAUUGAUGAUGCUAGGCACGGAUAGCCACUCGCCCAACGCUGGUGGCCUAACCACCAUUACCAUUGGUGUUGGUGGCGCGGAUGCCGUUGAGGCACUCGUGGGCGCUCCAUGGGAACUCAAGGCCCCUAAGAUCCUAGGUAUCAAGUUGACUGGCCAGCUGAACGAUUGGGUCUCCCCUAAGGAUUUGAUCCUUCACCUUGCCGGCCUUCUCACCGUUCGUGGUGGGACGGGUUAUAUCGUUGAGUACUUCGGCCCCGGAGUCGACACCCUGAGCUUGACCGGCAUGGCGACGGCAUGCAACAUGGGCGCCGAAAUUGGCGCUACCACCUCCAUCUUCCCCUACACCGAGGCCUCGGGCCGAUACCUGAAGGCGACGAGGCGGGAGGAGGCCAGCCGGAACGCGGAAGUGUUCCAGAACUUCUCUGGUUCGGGUAAGGGCGAGGAUGCCCAUUUCCGCUUCCAGGCCGACGAGGGCGCGCAGUACGACCAACUCAUUGAAAUCGACCUCUCCAAGCUUGAGCCGCACAUCAACGGACCGUUUACCCCUGAUCUUGCUACGCCGCUGUCACAGUUCAAGAAGACGGUUCAGGAGGAGCAGUGGCCGGAAAAGCUGUCGGCGGGACUCAUCGGGAGUUGCACGAACAGUUCAUAUGAAGACAUGACGCGAGUGGAAAGCAUUGUGCGCGAGGCAGAGAAGGCCGGGCUCAAGCCGAAGGCCGACUUCUAUAUCACCCCAGGCAGCGAGCAGAUUCGGGCGACGCUGGAGCGCGAUGGCACCCUAGAGACCUUUACGGACGCCGGCGGCAUUCUCCUUUCCAAUGCUUGCGGGCCAUGCAUCGGCCAGUGGAAACGUAUCGAUGGCGUGGAAAAAGGCACGCCCAACGCCAUCCUCACUUCGUACAACCGCAACUUCCGCGGCCGCAACGACGGCAACCCGGAUACCAUGAAUUUCCUAGCAUCACCAGAAAUCGUCACCGCCAUGGCCUACGCCGGCUCCACCACAUUCAACCCCAUGACCGACGCCCUUACCACCCCCUCGGGCGCUGAGUUCCGCUUCCCGGCACCACGUGGUCUCGAGGGGCCUCAGACUCCCUUUGAACAGGGCAAGGACGAUUUUGCCGUUGCCUCUCAACCGCCCGAUGCCUCCGUGCAGGUAGCCAUCUCACCUUCCUCAGAGCGCCUCGCGCUCCUUGAGCCGUUCGAGCCGUUCUCGUCAUCCGACUUGAGCGGAUUGCGCGUACUAGUCAAGGUUUCCGGCAAGUGCACAACGGAUACCAUCUCCGCCGCCGGCCCGUGGCUCAAGUACAAGGGCCAUCUGCCCAAUAUCUCGGCCAACACCCUCAACACGGCCGUCAACGCCGAGACGGGCGAGGUCAACGCCGCCUACGACCACCUCGGUGACGGGUCCCGCACCACGAUCCCAGAGCUCGCACAGCGCUGGAAAGAACGUGGCCAGCCCUGGCUGGUUGUCGCCGAGCACAACUACGGCGAGGGCUCCGCGCGCGAGCACGCUGCGCUGCAGCCGCGCUAUCUCGGCGCGCGCGUCGUGCUGUGCAAGAGCUUUGCCCGCAUCCACGAGACGAAUCUCAAGAAACAGGGCGUCGUGCCGCUGACGUUUGUGGAACCCGCUGACUACGACCGUAUUGGCGCUGGUGAUGAGGUUGCGACAGUGGGGCUGCACGAGAUGCUGAAGAACGGUGGGAAGGGUGAGGUCAGCUUGCGUGUGAAGAGGCGGGAGUCGGGCGAGGUGGUGGAUAUACCCGUGAAACAUGCGGUGAGUGAGGAUCAGGCGAGUUUUAUCCUGGCGGGGAGUGCGUUGAAUUUGCUAGCCAAGGGGGCAUGA